UGUGACCCCCUCCUCCCCUGUUCCCUGGGCUGGAAACCAAGAGAGGCAGCAAUAAGUUAAAGCUGAAGGCCGAAGCGAGAGCUGGGUCAGAUGGAGGCAGCAGCAGCCUCAACGACCACUGCAGCCAUGGACUCUGGCCCACAAGACUCGGAUAAUAAUUGGGUACUGGCUGGCUCCGAGAGCCUGCCUGUGGAGACCCUGGGCCCAGAAUCCAGUGUGGAGCCAGGAUCUGAGGGUACUGCCCUAGCUCCCCAGAGCUCCUUGGAGUCAGGUACUGCCAAGUUGUCUGGGACCUUGGAUGGAGCAGGAACCCUUGUCCAGACUGUAAGCCCCCCAUCUGAGCCCACUCUGCCAGAGGAGCCAGAGGUCAAGGGUGCCCUGGCAGGUGACAUGGGUGAUACGGGGCCUCCUGGCCCAGGGGACACAGAGGUGCCUGAAGAUGUGCAGGAGACGCCCGUGGCUGUGGGCCCAGGACUGGACACUCAGGACGUGGAACAUGGGGGCUCCCUGCGGAGGUUGCCCUCAAGCCCAAACCCCAAAGCAGCUGCCUCACCCGCGUCCCCAUCCCUCCUCCCAGCUUGGAUUGGGCAUGAGGGCCACUGUUCCAGCAGCGAUGAUGACACUGACAUGGAUGUGGAGGGUCUGCGGAGACGUCGGGGCCGGGAGCCCAGCCCGCCCCGCCCCACGGCACCCCUGGACACGGAGGACUGCACCCAGGUUGAGGGUGCUGCUGGGGAGCUGGGCAUCUCACUCAAUAUGUGCCUGCUCGGGGCCCUGGUGCUGCUCGGCCUGGGGCUCCUGCUUUUUUCUGGUGGCCUCUCAGAGUCUGAGAGUGACCCCGUGGAAGAAGUGGAGCUGCAGGUCUUCCCAGAUCCUGGCUUAGAUGCUGGCCCACUGGAUGGCACAGGGGGUGAGCCGGCUGGGCUGAAAGAGCAGUCACAGGCCCCGGCACCCUUGGACGCGGUUCCCAGCCUACAGAACAUGGGCCUUCUGCUGGACCGGCUGGCCAAGGAGAACCAGGAUAUCCGGCUGCUGCAGGCUCAGCUACAGGCCCAGAAAGAGGAGCUACAGAGCCUGCUGCACCAGCCCAAGGGGCUAGAGGAGGAGAACGCCCGGCUCCGGGGGGCUCUGCAGCAGGGUGAGGCCUCCCAGCGAGCCCUGGAGUUGGAGCUGCAGCAUCUGCGGGCCCGGCUCCAGGGCCUGGAAGCUGACUGCAUCCGGGGCCCAGACGGGGUGUGCCUCAGCUGGGGCAGGGGCCCACAGGUUGGCAAGGCUACCGAGGAGCAAGGCCCUGGGGCACGGGAGCCAGCUGCUGGCUUUCUGGAGCAGAAGAGGCAGCUGGAGGCUGAGGCCCAGGCACUACGGCGGGAGCUAGAGAGGCAGCGGCAGGUGUUGGGGUCCGUACAGCAGGACCUGCAGAGAAGCCUGCGGGAUGUGAGCAGAGGGGGCCCAGCUCCUGCGGGCCUGGCCGAGCUGGGCCAGAGAUUGGCCCAACAGCUGCGGGGCCUGGAGAACUGGAACCAGGAGCCUGGAGUCUCUGCCAAUGCCUCCUCAGAGGCCUGGCAGCAGAAACCCCAGCUCCAGAAUGCCAGGGAGUGGGGUGGGAAGGAGAAAUGGCGGGAUGGGCAGAAGGACUGGAAGCAUAAGAAGGAAGACUAUGGCCGGGAAAGAAAGAAGAGCUGGCAGGGCGAGGGGGCAGGGAAGCAGAAGGAGGGUCCCCCAAAAGCCGAGAAGUGGGGGAACAAGAAAGAUGGCAAGCCUUGGGACCGCAAGGGGUCUCCGAAGAAGAGCGGGGACCCUGACUCCCGGGAGAGGCAGAAGCACCCUUCGUGGAAGGAAGGGGCUCAGGAUGGGCAGGGCCCCCCUGUGCCCUGGGAGCAGCUGUUGAGGCACAGGUUCAGGGUGCCCCAGGGGUGCUCAGGUGUGGCCGAGUGUGCACGGCAAGAGGGCCUGGGCGGCUUUGGCACCGAGCUGGCCCCUGUGCAGCGGCAGGAGCUGGCAUCUCUGCUGAGAACAUACCUGGUGCGGCUGCCCUGGGCGGGCCAGCUGACCCAGGAGCUGCCCCUCUCAUCGGCUUACUUUGGUGAGGAUGGUGUCUUCCGGCAUGACCGCCUCCGCUUCCGGGAUUUUGUGGAUGCCUUGGAGGACAGCCUGGAGGAGGUGGCUGUGCGAGAGACUGGUGACGAUGAUGAGGUGGAUGACUUCGAGGACUUCAUCUUCAGCCACUUCUUUGGGGAUAAGGCACUUAAGAAGAGGUCAGAGAAGAAGGAAAAGCACUGGCGGAAAGACAGGGAGCCCAGGCGCUGGGAGGAGCACGGCCACACUCGCCACCCCCCUCACCACCGCGGCUGAGGCCCAGCCCGAAGUCCAUAGACACUGUCUAAUCCCUGGAGGCCAGGCCCCACCCAAGCCGCUGGCAUCUCUCCUUGGAUAUCCUUCACUCAGGAGAGCAAAGGAUUUCAGCCUUGUGCACCUGUCCUGCUGUUUAUGCAAAUGAAUGCAAAUGACAAGGACCUGCAGCAGUGUGAAUGUGAAGCCCAUGUGAAGGGGGUGGGGGCAAGGUCGUGGGAGCCUUUUUGAGGGAGGGGCAUCAUUUGGAUUCAGAAGGUAAAGAGCUCUUUGAUCCUAUGGUGUGUGUCCCCAGAGUGGGCUCCAUACACCGUCCCAGCUUCCCCUCCCCCAGGGCCUUGACUAAAGUUGUUGGCUGGGGGCCAGGAGCGUUUUGCUAAAUUUGGAAGCAGCUGUUCCCCAGGGAGGGGGUCAAGUCCCCUCUUGACCCCUGCUUCUCACGCGGCCUCAUCUCCCUUGUGAACUGCAAACCCAGAUGCUAAUAAAGUGCUGUGUGAGCUGAA